AAACAGAGAGUGUUCAUUAGACGUUAUGGAUUUCAAUUAAUGCGGAUGCAGAUUUUGUUCACAAAACUCUAUGGUUAAGAAUGUAGAAACAGAUUGCCUGGAUUAAAAUAUAUGGUUUAUUGUCUAUUGUUUUAAACGGCUCUUUACUUUAUCACAAUUCCCUUAAAACUUGAUCGAUAGUAUAACGCUGUAUAACAAUUGUUUCUGUACUUCAACAUGUGUUCGUUAAUUACUUCAUCUUGAUCGAUUGAUAACACAAGAUAAUGAACAAACUACUACGGAUAUGUGUUUUCCUUUUUACUUGCACUGUCAGCCUCUGUUCUCAAAAUGCGCAAACUGAUGAAUGCAAACAACCUACUUAUUGUAGCCGGUUUAAAACGAAAACAGACAUGGUAUCAAAAGCCGAUUGGAGUUCAAAAAUUUUAAAGCCUGACCAUACCUGGUUUGUUAUUUACGGUUAUGAGCUAAACUCUCCACAUAGUUAUGGUAAAUGUCAGCAUAGAUGGUAUUCACCAGAAAAUAACGACAAAUUUCAAAGGAAAACAAAUUGUUUCAAUAUCAAUACAAACCAAUGCCAAAGAUUUGACGCCGAAAUGAGAAUAACUGAAGAUAAUUGUGGCCGGGCAACUGAACAAGGACUAAAGAAUUCCAAAACUGAACUGAAGUUCUAUAGCCAGGAUCUCGGAACAUAUUUCUGGUUCUUUGGUUGCUAUGUAUUCGAUGAGGAUAAUAAUUGUACUUUGGGUUAUUUGGACCUGAACGUUAGCGAGAAGCGAUUUUCAGGAGCUGAUAAUUCUGUAAUUGAACUUAAUGGAUUGCCUUGGGAACUAAUAUCAGCAGAUCUGUUAAUCAACUUCAACCUCACUUUCGCAGAUCCAAGGGUGAAGUUCAAAUGGUUAGGCACUGAAUGUCAAGCGUAAAACAGUUCUUGCGACAAGUUGUAUAAAGGAUUAUGUUAGAAAAGUGAUCACAGUGAUAGUUAACAUUGAGUAGUUUGAUUUAUAUUUAGACAAUAUUAAAGAAAUCAUACGAAUUUAUAUGUGUCUGCAUAUUUUUAUAUCCGUAGAACGCCUUAAAUUUGCGUUGUCAACAAUGACAUGCAAGCACCUAGUUCGAAAUUGAAAAUAAAUUUUAUGAUCUGCUUUUUUUCCCGAAAAUACGAGAAGUUAUGUAUUUGCAGAUACAAUUGCCGCAUCGGAUGAAACGCCCUUAUCACGCCUUGUUUCUUAGACUAGCGCCCAAUUCCACAUAUUUGCGGGUCGUUUAGUCCCCAAGCUAUUGCACUGGAUUUUUGGCAACUUAUUUUGAACAAACACACUAGACAUCGCAAAAUUAAGCGGACGUAUUGACAGUCACGUUUCUUGGGCUAUUUUCCCCUGUCUUAAUAUGUCGUCAUAUGAAUACUCACUUGCUAACUUAAUACGAAAUCGGAUAAAGAAAUAUGAGGUCAUGAUGGGCUACUGAAUAUGUAAAAUACGUAGAAUUAUCUACAAGCAGACGCAGUCAAAAUCGCCAAACCUGCAAAACGGCUAAAAAGCAUCUGCCAUACAUGCAUCUAGUGGUCUCAUUGACUAGCCAUCCCCCGUGCUUUAUGGAUUAUUAUAACAAGACCCGCAAUUGUCCCAAUUUAACAUAGAAGAACCGAAAGUGUGUGUUAUUAUGCAAUAAAAUUACUGUUGACGUUCUAUAUUUAGACAUGUGACGCAAUCAUUAUAUACAUUGGACGUAUCCACUAAAAAUGCGACGCGCUCAAAUGAGUACGUAAACAAACCAGGCUCAAUUUAGCUUAAUAUCUACUGUAUGGCAGCAUUUUUUGUUAAUGUCGAGAAAGAAUCGAAAUAGUAUUUCCAAAUCGGUGAUUUUUUCGUUUGAUAAAAUCACUGUUUGUUUAAAGUCACAGUGGGUUUCAGUCAUGAAUUACGAUAAUCAAGUUCCUGUAGCGCAAAUCGCAUGCACAUAUGCCGCUUUCACACUAUCAAAACUAACAUAUCAUUCUUGCACGAAACCGGAACUUGUUUGCUCCUUCAUAUCAAUUGCUUGCAUUUAUUGAGUAUGUUUAUUUCAUUACUAUAUUGUAUUAAAGUUAACUUACAGUAAGUUAAAAUUAAUUAAGAUGACUUAUAGCUAUAUAUAGGUCCA